AUGGCACAGAAUAGGGUUUCACUAUUCUUGUUUGUUUCUACAUUCCUGACCAUUCUAGCCAUUGGCGGGUUCCCCUCCUUGGUGGAGGAAAUGAAGGUCUUUCAAUGGGAAAGAUUAGAUGGGCACUACACGGUUGGAUCAUUCGUUAUCAGCCAUGCCAUAUCUUCAAUGCCAUACCUACUUCUCGUCUCUAUAAUCCCAGGAGCAAUAACUUACUUUCUCAUAGGACUUCAAAGAGAACCCAGAUUAUUCAUCUAUUUUGCGUUAGUACUCUUUGUGUCAAUGUCGUUGGUUGAAUGUCUUAUGAUGAUUGUAGCUGCCAUUGUUCCAAAUUUUCUCAUGGGCAUCAUAUGUGGCGCUGGAAUCCAAGGAUUGAUGAUACUAGCGGCAGGGUUCUUUCGAUUGCCAAAUGAAUUACCCCAUGUUUUCUGGAGAUACCCUAUGUACUAUAUUUCCUUCCACAGGAGGUCCUCCUACAAUUGA